GGAGAAGAGCGUACGAGCCUUCGAAGAUCACGGAUCCAUGCCUGAAUGCGGGCGACGGGCUAGCACGGGCCAAGAGAAAGAGUGUGCGAGUGACUAUUGGACUGCGGGGGAGUGCUCGGCUGAAAAUGGUUUAGGCUUGGGCGAUUCUAUCGCAAUCGCAAACCAGGAUGAUCGGCCAUGUGAGGCUGGGAGGUGUGCGCGGCUGCCAACUCGCAUUCAAUUGAUGCCACGGGACUCGCAACCACACGAAAAGACGGAAAAACUGAAUGGGAGAGCAUGGAAUAAGGGGAAU